UGCUAAUAUUAACUUCUUCUUAAUUUAGAUGUUAAGGAAACAAUAUCUGUUGUAAAAUAACACCUGAUAUAUUUGGCUUCAUACCAAGUUUGGUCUAAAGAAAUUAUUUCUACAACUUGUUGAGGCUCACAACGAUGCCAGCCCCCCACAAACACAAGGAGAAGAACCAGUUUCGGUUCAAAACUUUCUCUGAGAGAUUAUCAGAAGUGAACAUAGAUGCAAUCCACCAGAUUGACCACGUCCCUCUAGUGGAGAGCGGAGAGGAUUUUUCAAGGUUUUUCGAAUCGAUGCAAAAAUGGCGAGACCUCGAACUUUCUUUGGAUUUUGUAAAUUUUCGAAAAAAAAUUUCGGACAAAUGUAAAAAUUAUAAAAUGGUUGUUUAUUACAAGGAUGAUAUCAUUACAGCUCUGCAGGAACAUCUGGCUGUUGAGAAUUCACUCGCUCUGCAAGCUUUACUGGAUAUAAUGGUCAGCUUAUGCAUUGAUUUAAGCUCCGAUUUUUACCCUCACUUUUCGAAGUUUUUUAAAAUUUUGACGACGUUGCUUCAAACCAAAGACGUGGACAAACUGGAAUGGGUUUUCUCAUCAAUAUCCAUGCUGUUUAGGAAGCAAUGGAGGUACAUGGUCAAUGAUAUGAACAAUGUACUUGACAUGUAUAUGGGGUUGUUUGAGGGCGAACACCCGGAGCACAUUUCAAAUUUUGCUGCUGAAAGCGUUUCGUUUUUGCUUCGAAAAGCGAAAAAUCCGCAACUAGUUUUAUCAAAGUUGUUUAAAGUCACAGUAGAGACACCAGCCACAUCUGAAAGAUUGGCUCAUGUCGUAUUUAACAUGGUUAAGUCACCACAGAAUCAAUUCCAUUCCUGCACUGAAGAUGUAAUGCCAGUGAUAUUAUCUUUCUUGAAAACCCCUGAUAAUACUGGAGCUAUCUACAACUGUAUCAAUUCAUCUAUUCACCUCAUGGCUGACCAUACUAGGAGAAAGUUUGGAAAACCAAUCUGGGAUGCUUUAAUUCUUGCUAUAAAAGAAAACACAGCCGUUGAUUCUGAUCUUCCAUAUUUAAUUAAACUGCUAAAAUUGUUAGACACCUGGUGUAAAUGCAGGUUUUCCUCACGGCUGUUAUGUCAUAAGGAGUUCUGUGAUGUCAUAACAGCGUGUCAAAAUCUGGUGGCAGAUUUGACAGUCAUUGAUAAAGAUGAAAUAUCGGAUGCUAUUUGUUCAGUUGUGUCAACUGUGUUGCAUGGUUCGAAGUCAGACCUAUCUCAAACUACGCAGAAAAGUUUAAUCCGUGAUCUCUCAGUUUCAAAACUAAGUUUCAAAGCAAUUGCUUCGUUUUGGGAAAAAUCGUUUGCUCUUUCCAGCUUUAAGUCUCUUGCUCACGAUAUUUUCUUAAAGUUCUGUAAGGAUAAUAUUCAAGCUGAAGAAAACCAAGACCGAGUUGUGAGCCUGCUUGGCACUUAUUCAAUGCUCUGCAACCCAUUACCCCAGAAUGGAGCAGAAUUAUUUCAGCGCUCAAUUGAAAUUUUUGAAUUUUCUAAAUUUUCAAGAGUGAAAAACGAGAAACAAAUUGGAGAAAUUCUGAUUAAUUUGCUCAAAAUUGAAACAGAACCUGAAAUUUUAUGGAAUAUUCUAAUUUCUCUACAGUCUGUACGCCCCUUGCCCAAGGACACCUCAAAAACUUUGUUAAAUUUGUAUAAAUCGUUAACAAAAUCUGAAACCUCUGAUUCUACACUUGCUGUUAUUGCGGUUGUUUUACAAACUAUGUGGACAGUGGAUAAGUCAGCUCCUAAAGAAUGCAAACACAUCGUGGAAAUGCUGCUUUCAAACCCUAAUAGAUUGGUCCUAAUGUUAGCAGACAUUCUACUGACAUGCAAGCCUAAGUUUUCCACUUUGUUUAAUAAAAACGAAGUUUUACAAUUACUGGUAAAGUUGGUUUCUUCGCCAGAGACAAACAUUAGGGUAUUAUGUCUUCGGAUUUUACAAAAACUGGAUAAAUCCAACGAACCGAUCUACCACGCUUGUAUUAUGGCUGAAGAGACAGAUGCCACUGUACAUGACUAUAGAACCAAACUUCUGCAUCUAAAGAAACUUGAAAAGCAUAAAAAUGGAGAAGGAUUGUCAGGUGAUGCAAAAGAAGUCGCAAUUCGAUGUUUAUUCUCACAAUUAUACAUCAACUUCUCGCACCUAUGGAAGCCACUGCAGGAAAUCAUUGCCUCGCAUGCCACUAGUGACCGGGGAGAUAAAUUCUGGGAAAUUUUGUUCGAAAUCGCGGAAAAAUCAUCGGAAGAUGCAGAGAAUAGUAAAUGGUGGCUGCAACUACCUGGGACUUCUACAGAUCAAGAUCAGAAUUCUGAUUUCGAAAAUUUUGUUCAAGGAAAAGUUAAAAAAGGUCGUCAGAUUAUAAAUUCUCAAACUGAUUAUUUUAAUUUUCGUCUCCAAGUUUGGAAAACAAUGGCAAUUCUACCCCAUAACAAUAUCAUUGAUUGUAAUAAUAGAGUUAUUGUUACACUGCUGUUCCGGUAUCUUGACAAUGAGUAUUAUUUGCUGGACAAAGAAAACUGUAAAGUACAAAACCUGGCAAAUAAUUCUGAUCAAGAAAAUGAAUUCUUUCGGCGAAAAGACUCAGUGAAAAUGUUGAUAUCUAUGCUUAAUGUGUUCGCGAAUCUUAACAACCCUUCUUCUACAAUACAAAAAGAUAAAUUGCUAAGUUUGUUCAAGGACCUUCUUACACACGUACACACUGACAUGCAGCAGGCAGCGCUUAAGUGUUUGUAUCAAUACAAAUGGAAAGGUCUGACCAAACAUAAAGAGAAAAUCUGCGAGUUUUUCGACGACAAACUUUUCCGCGACGCGCUGACAAACUUUGAGAUCUCAUCUUUGUUGGAAGACCGUGAUGUUGUUGCUCCUAUUCUCUUGAGGAUCUUGUUUGGGAGGAUGAGAUCAAAGACUGGAGGUUCUUCUGGAGGAAAACAGAACUCUUCAACAAGAAGAUCAAUUAUCAUCCGAUUUCUUGCUGGAGUUUCUUCCUCUGAGUUGGAGGAUUUUAUUUACUUGAUUGUGGAACCGUAUAAAGCCGUCGCGCAAAGUGAUAAAAAUGUGAUGGAAAUUGUUGAAGAAGAUGUUGGAACAAGACAAGUGGUUCCUCUAGCAAGGCAGUUAGGUGUAGUGAACACUUUACAGAUGCUGCUCAACAAACUGAACAAGCAACUACCCUUAAAAUCAUAUUCACUGAUAUUGAGAAUCCUGCUCUAUAUUGUGAAGUUAAACACUUUGCAUUUAACGCAAUCUACUAAUGAUAAUGAUGAAAAUCAACUGAUUAACCCAAAGUUUAUAACUCCAUUGAAAAGUAUAAAGAAGCAAGUCCAGGAGUGUCUUAUAACUCUUCUAACUGCAUGGCCAGAUGAAGCACCAAUGCUUGGGAGUCAAAUUGAUGAAAUUUUUGAUGCAAACAUUUGGUGUGAUUUGCAUAAACUUAAUUACGAGUCUUCGGGGCACCCAACUGUGAUGUUAAAGUUGUUCAAAGUCUUUGCGACAAACCUCAGGUUCCUACCAUGGCUAGCAAGGGUUGGGGGCCAUGAUGGUAAUGUUACUCCAAUAUCUGUGGUGGUGGAGACACUAAACUCGGACAAAACAAGCGCGAAUGUGUCCACCUUUAUACUCGAUAUCUUAAACGAUGUUUUGUUCAGCGACGAGGAAGAAAUGGAGAAAGAUAGAGAUCAUAUAUCGCAACAAAUUCAACUCGGACUUCAAUCUGUUGGUGGUUUGUUGUUCAACGCAAAAGCAAAGAUCGAAACAAGGCUUGAACUUGGUAUAUUAGUCCUACAACCACAUAUGAAACCUAUUGUUGAUUUCUUUAUUGAAAAAAUGAGGAAAAGUAAAAAAGGAUUGCUUGUCACUCCGAAACAACUUAAACUGUUAUCGCUGCUCAGCGAAAAUAUUGCAGAUAAAUCUUUACUUUCACAACUAAGUGAAAUUCUGUUGAGUCAUGUCAGUUCGGUGUCUUCAAAAACGACAGAAAAGUCCGUCAUUCCAGCUCUUGAGACGCUCUCACAUGUUAUACAGGGCACAAGUCUACUUCCUAAGUUAUCUAAGCUAUUUUCUAAAAUAUCAGACAGAGAAACUCGCAUUUGGUUGGUGACUGUACUCAAAGCUGCAUGCAAGUCUGACUCUCAGUUCCAAUGGACUUCUGACAUAGUAACUCGACUAAACGCAUGGGACAAACGAUUUAUUGAAGAAAUGAAUUUUGACGCUAGGCUGACUGCAUUUAAUGAUGUUUGUGAUAAAUUAAACAAAGACUCAGAUUUCUUGUUCCAGGACAAUUGCUUAAAGUUUAUUCCAGUAUUACAUUGUUGCCUCCAUACCAUGCUACAUUUGUAUUCUGAUAUCUCACUGAGAGAAAGUGUGUCCAGGGCUCUAACGCUUGUUAUACAUAAAGUAAAAGCGGCAAAAGAUAGAGAAGACUUCAAAGUAAUUUACAAAGCAGUUAUCAAGGACUUUCUUCUCCCUUCUGUGCAAAGUGGUUUAAAAUCACCAGACGAAGGGUGUCGGCACGAAUCUGUUCAACUUUUAUCCACAUUAGUUAAGACUUUUCCUGAUGAGCCUCUACUAUCUGGUUUAUCAGUGUUAUCCAACCUCACCAACCCCGAAGAUGAUUUCUUUGAGAAUGUUCGCCACAUACAAACGCACAGAAGGGCCAGAGCUUUCAGAAAAAUAGCGAAAAUUUUAUGUCCGGAAAUUUGGGAAGCAAAAAGUUCGGAAGAAGAAAGAAUGGAAGUUGUUGUAAAAGAUAAUGUCCUUUAUUUAAGUCCUAUAUCUUACUCUACGGCUGCGAGUUUUCUUCUACCACUGGCAACCCAGACCUUAUAUACCAAGGACUUAACAAAACUUGCUUACCUGCACGAAUCUUGCAUUGAUGUUAUCAAAAGUUGCACCCGCAUUAUGCCAUGGGUGCAAUAUAAGAAGUUUUUGCUGCAAAAUAUCUGGAGCUUGGAUCGCCAUAAAGCAGCCAUCGAAGUUGUGUGUGGGGUGCUACAAGUAUUUCCGUUCGAUCUUUCGAAAUUUACGAAGAAGGAGCUAAUGUUUGAGGAGAGGGGUACAGUCGACUUCCCAGAGAUCAAAGAUAUCUCUCAGGAGGAUUUGGGAGCAGAAGAUGAUGAGGACGGUGAAGAAAUUAUGAUUGUUGAUGAAUCUUCACGAAAGGAUGAAAAAAUCUUGAAAUUAAAGACGAAAAAAAUUCAGGCAAAAAUUGAAGCAGAAAAUAAUAUUGUUGAAGAUGAAAUGAUUGUUGUUGAAAAUGAAACUUCCACAAAGAGGGAUUUAACAUUCGAGGAAGCUCAGAAUAUCUUGGCAGACGUUACGGGUAAAUUGAUCCCAAAAUUACGGAUGAUUCUCUCAACCAAAGAUGAGGCUGAUGAACAUAAACUUUCCAAUGCUAAAAGUGACAUUGAUAAGUGUUGUAAGAAGAUCCCACUAGCUGUUGCCAUCGUUGCCAUCUUAAAAAAGAUGCCGAUCUCUACUUUGAAGUCUCAGCUGCCAGGAGUUGUCCUUAAAGUUGUGGGGUUUUUACGACAUAAGUUACACGAUAUCAGAAUCAUUGCGUGUCAGACUGUCAUCAAUAUUUUACAAUCUCUUGGGACUUCCUACAUGUAUUUAGUAGUAAAGGAGCUCAAAUCAGGUCUCACACGUGGUUAUCAAAGACAUGUCCUUGUCCAUGUUAUAAACUCCAUAUUCUCUUCUAUGGAAACAACAUUCAAAGUUGGAGACCUCGAUUCAAGCUUGGCGAUGAUUCUCGAAAUUUUAAACGCAGAUUUAUUUGGGGAGACGGCAGCCGAGAAAAAGGUUGAAAAACUUCGGAUUAAAAUACCAGAAGCGCGAGGCAGGAGUAAGGCUUACCCUGCUUAUAAAAUCCUUGUUAAGUUUAUCAGUAAGACUUGUUUAACCAGCGUGCUUCAACCUCUUAAAGUUGUGAUGGAAGAAACCAACAUCCAUGGUGUAAAAAAAGUCAUUAAAGAUGUUCUGACCGACAUUGGGUUUGGAUUGCUCGAGAAUAAAACUUUCGAACCCCUGGAUUUGUUGACCCUCAUGCACGCUUUGCUGACAGAAAAUAUCUCGGUUUUAUUUCCGGAAAAAAAGAAGGAAAAUGUUGAAGAGAAAUCGACAAAACCGGGACAGCGUCCUCCAUCUUGCCUCCUGCUCUCACCUGAGCCGGAGAGGCUCGGGAAGAAGGCUCCUCCAAAGAUGUCAAAGAGUAAUCUUCAUCUUUUGGUUGAGUUCUCACUCCAGCUUCUUCAUCUUUCAAUGAAGAGACAAAUCGUCACGGUAACGGAGCAAGAGCAUCUACAGAUGUUGGACCCCUUGGUCACGCACAUAACAUCGUGUCUAAAUUCAGCUCACCAGCAAACUGUGGUGGACUCAAUCAGAUGCGUAACCAAGCUGCUUAGAACGGAUCUCCCUGCUUUGAAAGAUAACUGCCCCAAACUGACUGUGGAUCUGUUUAAAAUAUUACGCGACCACACCAAGGGAUCAGGAAAUCAAGAAACCGCAGCUGUCAGUUUCAAGUGCUUAAGCGUGCUUUGCUCAUCUGAGUAUGGAGACCAACUAAGUAAAGACCAGCUGCUAGUCUUGUUAACUUACGCUGAGGAAGAUUUAUACGACACUCAACGACAAAGCCACGCUUUUGAUUUAAUUAAGUCAAUCUUGAAGAAAGGAUUGCAAUGCAAAGAAGUUGCUGAGGUUAUAAAUAAAGUUCGAAGCAUCGCCAUUCAAUCUCAUGGCCAAUCAUCAAGGAAUCAAGCUCGUGGUUUAUAUUUCCAUUUCCUGAUGAAUUACCCGCUAAUUGCGCGUAAAAUAAACUCGAACCUCGAGUUUAUGCUCGCACAGUUAACUUAUGAGUACGAGGACGGGCGUGCUUCUGCGUUGGAGCUUGUGUCAUCUGUUCUAACCAACUUCCCGGACACACAAGUUAAGGAUCACGCACAAAUCAUCUUUAUUUCAACUUCAUCUCUGCUGUUAGACGAAACACAGACCUGUAGAAGGAUGGCAGCUAACGUUAUCAAGAUGCUGCUGAGAAGGUUGGGUUCUGACUUGAAGGAUCAACUGUUUUCAUUCGUAUCUCAAUGGUACGCCUCACUAGACAACUCCACCCAACCGCGACUUGCUUCUCUCCUCGUUUCAAUAUUCGCUGAAGUUGAGGAAGGGGAUCUACAGCGCCACCUAGAGGAUAUUCUACCCCUCGUGAAUCGUUGCAUCGAGCAUGGAAUGAAUGAUGAUGACCCCAACAUCCAACGGAAAGAUCACAACUUGUUCUUCCACAUGACAGCAUUCCUAAGAAUUCUGCAACACUGUGGUAUUUGCAGGGGUGAAAAAUGGCAGGCAACACUGCAGAAAAUACUUGAAAAUGUGGAAACACUGGCCACCCACCCACACGCUUGGAUACGUUUGGUAUCGGACCAAAUAUUGGGAACUGUAUUCUCGCAGUGGCAACCUGAGGAGCUUGUGGCACAUAAAGGUUACAACUCCUACCUGACAUGUAACUUAGAAAAUAAAAUAUCGGCGCUGGUGAAAAAAUUAUGUUCGCAAUUUCACAACGAAAUAUUAGGCGACCAUUUGGCUGAGCAACUUAUUAAAGAUCUUCUGUUCCUUGUGAGGGUUCUGCAAGCUAUGGAGGCGCAAGGAGGUGAUCUUUUACAUCCGGACAUUAUUUGGCUUCUACGACAACUACAGAAUGUGACGAAAUCUGAGCAAUCAAACAAUCCAAAAGUUUCAGCUAAAAGAACGGCCACACUCAAAUUUUGCGCCGCGUUUUCAAUGACUUUUAAAAACAACAUUCACUGUCUGCAAUUUCUACUGGACAUGGUACAUAGGUGUAUUAACGCGAGCGCUACACAUGGAGAACAGGAAAUCGAGGCGGUCACGAAACUGCAGGAGCUUGCAACUGAGGUGUUAGAGGUGAUAAAACAAAACUCAAUCUUUACGGACUUUACUUCAGUUUAUUUAAAAGUCGUCAAGAAGAUUAAUCAUAAAAAGAUGGAGAGGAAAAAGGAGAGAGCUGUACAACUUGUAUCGGACCCGAAGAAGGCAGCGUUGUUUAAACUUCGGAAACAAGAGAGAACUAAAGAGCAGAGAAAAAGGAAAAUCGCUCGCCUGCGACCGGAGUACGGGCUACAGAAAUCGAAAAAGGCAAAGAAAUAAUAAUCGCUGAUUGUCUAAUUUUGGCAUAUAAAUAAACAAUGAAACAUGUCAUGCAA